UUCAAAAGGAACUUUCAUAUCUCUCUCUCUCUCUCUCUCUCUGAAAAUUUAAAAGCAUUGAAUCCCUUUUCCCCCUCUCUUUUUCAGUGUAUUUGAUUACCACUUCUCUUUUCAUUUCAAAAACUCUUACCCUUUAUCAAAUGGAACUUGAUGAGUGGCAAGAUCCACUUCUUAUUACAGACGUUUCUUCCCAACAACAAGAAGAGCAACAACUAUCACUAAUUAACUCUCACAAAUACUACCCCUUUUCGUCAUUGGAUGUUUCAAGAAAUACACUGAUGGGACUGAAAGAUUCUACUAGAUGUACCCCCAUCAAGAUUGAAGAAGGGAAUAAUGCUGAAAAUCUCAAGGAUCCAGUUGCAGAAAGUGUAAUUAAUGGUAGAGAUAUGUUGGGAUUUUCAUUAACAUCUCCUGAUUUAGUGAUCUGUACUGGAUCACCGGAUAUUCCACGACGAAGCUAUGGAGAUUCACCCGAAUUUCUGAAGGGUUGCUCUAUUUCUCUAGAAAAUGGAAUUAAGGGAUCUGAACAGCCCCCAGUUAUUACAAAGGAUGAAGAUUUGUGCCUGCAUUUUGAGCUUCCUUCUCUUUCAGUGCCUAUAGUUAGCAUCAGUUCUGAGAGUGGCAUUCAAUUUUCAGACGAUAAAUAUUCUCCGCAAAACAACUCAGUAGAGGUAGAUCAAAGGCUUCAAUUAGCAAAAGUGUGUCACGAAAAGGAACUGAAAGAAGCAAAGUGGCCAGUGGAGGAACUUAAAAGGGAGAAUGAACUAAAAUGCAAAGAAUGUGCUGAAGCAUGGAAGUCCUUAAAGGAGCUUCAGAAUGAGCUCAUGCGCAAGUCAAUGCACGUUGGAUCACUUGCUUUUGCAAUUGAGGGCCAAGUGAAAGAAAAGAGCAGGUGGUUUUCAUCCUUGAGAGAUCUGACGAGGAAAUUGAAGAUUCUGAAAAUGGAUCAAAUUAAAGUAUCUGAAGAAGCUUUAUUAUAUAAGCAGCAAUUACUAGCAGAUUUUGCAGACAUGAGCUCUACCAUUCAGUCCAAAUUAAAGGAACAAGUUGAAUUGCAUGAAGAUCUCAAGAUCAAGUUCGUCAAGGGUGCUAAGGAACGGAAGGAGCUUUAUAACAAGGUUUUGGAUUUAAAAGGGAACAUUAGGGUCUUUUGCCGGUGUAGGCCUUUGAAUGCCGAAGAGACAGCUGCAGGAGCUUCAAUGGCGAUUGACUUUGAAGCUGCAAAGGAUGGGGAACUCACUGUGAAGUCUAACGGCAUGUCUAAAAAGACCUACAAGUUUGAUGCCAUUUUUAGCCCCCAAGCCGACCAAGCUGAAGUUUUUGAGGACACUGCUCCCCUGGCAACCUCAGUUCUAGAUGGGUACAAUGCCUGCAUAUUUGCCUAUGGCCAGACUGGUAGUGGCAAGACAUUUACAAUGGAGGGCACAGAAGAAGCUCGAGGGGUCAAUUACCGGACUCUUGAGGAGCUAUUUCGCAUUAUUGGCGAGCGAAAGAACACAGUUCAUUACGAAAUAUCAGUAAGCGUCUUGGAAGUAUACAAUGAGCAGAUCCGAGAUUUGCUAGUUUCAGGAUCUCAACAAGGCGUGAAAAGGCUUGAAAUAAAGCAAGUUGGAGAAGGAAUGCAUCAUGUCCCAGGACUAGUUGAGGCCCACGUGAAUAAUAUGACUGAGGUUUGGGAAGCCUUACAAACUGGUAGCAAUGCGAGGGCAGUUGGAUCCACCAAUGCAAAUGAGCACAGCAGCCGAUCACAUUGGUUUGUGCAUCAUAAGUUAUGGAAGGUUUUCAUUUGUUUACACAUUAUGUCAACAAUUACUAAUCAGGUAAAUUUUUUUUUU